AUGUUUGAGCAAAUUGUGCCCUAUUUGCCUCAAACGUCGGGAUUGCUGCCCAAAUGGUUGGUCUUUAUCUCUGCAGUUUCAAUAUUCAACUCAGCCCAAACGUAUAUCUCGGGCCUGGAGUUGACCAGAAGAGUCUAUGAGAACAAGCCUUUGGAGACUACGGGCCUUUCUGCUCGUACCUUUGGUACCUGGACUCUUAUCAGUGCAGUCAUCAGGGGAUACGGUGCCUACUAUAUCACCAAUCCCCAGGUCUACGACAUUACGCUUUGCUCGUACUUCAUUGCCAUUGCCCAUUUCGGUUUGGAGUGGUUUGUCUACAAGACUGCAAAAUUUGGCAAGGGUUUGCUGGGACCUUUGAUAGUGGCUACCACCAGUAUCACUUGGAUGCUUUCGCAAAGAGGGUACUACCAAUCUUUGUAG